AUGCCCAACAUUGCUGCGCCAUUGAACGACCCUCCAGAUACUUCGACACAUAUAUAUGAGAUGCUCACAACUCCAAUAUUCGACUUUUAUUUCCGGCUUCAGAUGAUAUCUGGUGAAAUUGCGCAAAUGACCCAUUACCACCGCUCACGCACCACUGGCGUGGACCAAAAAGAUGUCGUCGAACAAAUGUCACACGUCAGUGCUCGACUGCACACUCUUUGGGGCAAUCGUUGUGCCACCCAGCGCCAAACCCCCGAGGACCUGCGUGCUCACCUUGCACCAAAGGUUGCUGACCCUAUCAUUGCACUGGUCGGAAUGGCCAAUGCGGCGUACCAUGCGGAGUUUAUCGAAAUCGGUCGCGUCUUAGGAGAUCCCAUUUCCAAAUCUGCAGAGUCCAGACAAGCGAUGCACCAUCUACGAGAAAUCGUUGACGGAGAUUGGAAUGCUCAGGAGGGAGGCGUUUUGAAGACGGGCUAUCUCCGUCCAUUGUUCUUAUACGCCAUUGAAUGCAUGGACAAAGAGGAGAAUCAGUGGGCUGUGGAACGGCUAGAGAAGAUCAAGAAUCCCAUCUGCCGGAGCGACUUUUUCGCUGCGUUUGGCAGAGAGCUGUCAGAGGCACAGCUGAGAAAGGAGAGGAGGGUUACGUCCAAGUUUUUCUGUAUGUGGUAUUUUGGGGUGCCACCUCCGUUUCUGUGA